GAUAGGUUUAUUAUAAUUUAUAACAUGCUUAAUGAAAUGUCAAAAAAAUUGACAAAAUUUUUUUAAGAGAUACGAAUUUGAUAAAUUGCAUUUGAUAAAAAUUGGAUAUAUAAACAAAAUUUUUAAAUGCCAGUCCCUGGAGUUUAUGGUAACCAACAAGGUCCUACAUGCUUCGACAAAAUGAAAAUGGGAUUCACCAUCGGCUUUUGUGUAGGAAUGGCCAGUGGAGCUCUUUUUGGAGGGUUUUCUGCUUUGAGGUAUGGCCUCCGCGGGAGGGAGCUGAUCAAUAAUGUUGGCAAAGUAAUGUUACAAGGUGGUGGAACAUUUGGAACUUUUAUGGCAAUAGGAACUGGUAUCCGAUGUUAGCUCGUAACAUAGACAUCUAUUUAUAUUAAAACUAAAUUGCAUCAAGUAAUAUACAUACAUAUAUAUAGAAAUGUAUUGAAAUAUUUAAUCUUCUUUCAAUUAAAACAGCAAAAUAUUACCAUAA